AUUCAAAUUCAUCAAAAUUUUAUUUUCAAACUACAAAUCAAAUUUUGCAUGACCUUGCUCUGUUUUUGGUUCCUCUGUUUUUCUUCAAAACGAAUGAACUUGUUAAUUGAUUCAUUCACAAAUUGUUUAAAUUAUUGUUGUUUGUGAAAUUGCAGAAAAACCCAUUUGAGUUUAUGUGAGUAUGAGUUAUGUGAAAGGUUUUUUUCACAUAAAGAUUGAAUUUUUUGGGUAUUACUUUUGGGUUUUUCUUUGUAAUGUUAUGCAAACUCUGUUUUGGGUUUUCAACAAAGUCUGCAUAAGAUUCUAUAGUUCUAAAGCAAUGGUACCAAUUUGUGGUUCUGAAUUUUCCUUAGAAAAUCAUCAAGUUGAGUCAAAAACUGAGGCUAGUGAAGAAGAAUUUUAUGAAUGUUUUGAUGAUGAUGAUACCAAUGUGGAGUAUGAAAAUUUUGAAGAAAUUUCUGAUAGAUUUUCACAUGAAAGUAAUGAAAUUGAGUCUAAUUGUAGCCAAGAAAAAGGUGAAAAAGUAGUUGAGUUUUGUUCUGAAAAUUUUGAUCAUAGUGGAAAUUUUGACCUAGAAGAAGGAGAGGAAAAAUCAAAGUUGGUUUUCAAAUUUCAAUAUCAAAAUUGGAAUUGCAACUUAAGUGAGGAAUUGAAGGAUAAUUCUGGUGAAAGUAGUGAGUUUGACAAAAGGGGUGAGGUUUCUUCAACUGCCAACAAGUAUGAGUUCAUCUCAGGAAAGAGUUUUAGUCAAUUUUUGGAUAAACCUGAGGCAGCAAAUUUUACUGUCAAAGAGUUCUUCAUUCAUUCAAAUAAUGUUACCGACGAUGAUUCGGCUGGUUUGUUAUCUGAGAGUAAACUCAAGCAAGGAAAUUGUGAAGAGGUUGUUAAUGAGAAAAUUGUUGAUAAUUUCUCAGAAAAUUUGCACAUUGAAGAGGUUUCUGAGAAGCUCAAGAAUUCGGAACUGUAUGCGCGUAAUUUUCUUUUGGAUGAUGAUUUCAUUUGUUCAAGUUCUGAUACAGAUUCUAUUAGUUCUUUAGAUGAUGGUUUUUUGUCAGAUACUGAUUUUGGAACAACUACUGAGCAUGAUACAUUAGGAAACAAUGAAGAAAGUGUAGAAGAUUUGGACUUUAUGGAUGACAAAACCUUAGAAAGUUUAGAUUUUGGUUAUGAGCCGGAUGAUUUUGCCGGAGAAGAUGAAGAUAUAAUGAAUGAGCUUGGAAAAUUGGAAGAAGAAAUCAAACAUGAACAAUCUGUGAAACAAAAUUCAAAGAGUUUAAUAGCUUUUGAUCUCGAGGAAUCGAACCGGUUCGAUACAUUAUGGGAGCAUCAAGAUUUGUUAGAACAGCUUAAGAUGGAAUUGAAGAAGGUUAGAGCUACUGGUUUACCUACAAUCUUUGAAGAUUCUGAGUCACCAAGGAUUAUGGAAGAUUUGAAACCAUGGAAAAUCGAUGACAAAUUUCAGCAUGGUAGUAGUACUACAAAUGAGCUUCCAAAAUUCUACAGAAGUUACAGAGAAAGAAUGAGAAAAUUGGAUAUCUUGAAUUAUCAAAAGAUGUAUGCUUUAGGUGUUAUGAAAUCAAAGGACCCACUAAAAUCAUUUUCAAUUCACAAGAAAACUUCAUCAUCAAUCACAUGCAUUCUUCCACGUGGCAUUAACUUCUUUAGACCUAAAAAUAUUGAUGCUGACCCAAUGGAGAAGUUCAUGAGAGAAUUAUACAGUGACUUAGAAAUGGUUUAUGUGGGACAUUUAUGUCUUUCUUGGGAAUUCCUUCAUUGGGAAUAUGAAAAAGCAUUGAAGAUAUGGGAAUCUGACCAAUAUGGAUUGAGAAGGUUCAAUGAAGUAGCUGGAGAAUUUCAACAAUUCCAAGUUCUUCUUCAAAGAUUUAUUGAGAAUGAACCUUUUCAAGGUCCAAGGGUUGAAAAUUAUGCUAAGAAUCGAUGUGCCAUGAGGAAUCUUCUUCAAGUUCCUGUCAUAAAAGAAGACAAAGGCAAGGAUAAAAAGAAGUAUAGAAAAAGAGAAAUUGACAAUGAUGCCAUCACAAGUGACAUGCUAGUAGAAAUUUUAGAAGAAUCAAUAAGAAUAAUUUGGCGUUUUAUAAGAGGUGAUAAAGAUGCAUCAAACUUGAAAAUUAAAUGUCAUAAAGAACAUCAUGUGGAGCUACAAGACCCUGCUGAUUCACAACUUUUAGUAGAGAUUCGAAUGGAUCUUCAAAAGAAAGAAAAGAAAUUAAGGGAGAUUUUGAAGAGUGAAAGCUGCAUAUUGAAGAAAUUCCAAAAGCAUAAUGAAGAUGGAACAGAUCCAGUUCUUUACUUCUUCUCUCAAGUAGAUAUGAAAUUGGUUUGGAGAGUAUUGAAUAUGUCAAGGAUAACGACGGAUCAACUAGCAUGGUGUCGUAGCAAAUUAAAUAAAAUCAAUUUUGUAAACCGUAGGAUUCAUGUAGAACCAUCAUUCUUACUUUUUCCUAGUUAAUCAUGAUUAUAUUAAUUGAUAUUUAGUGCAUAUGGUCCUUUACAUUUAGGUGGUCAUUAUUGAAUUAGUCAAGAAUUUUGGAGCAUGUCUAACAAGUUGCUUGGCCUAAUUUGUACAAUUUCCAUUUGGUGCCAUGCAAUGCAAAUAAGCUUACAUAAAUA